CAUCUACGUGUAAAGUUUAUGAUUUAUUGUUACGAACAAUCAAGCGUAUACUAUAACGCGUUUAUCUUUGAGAUACGUAAAUGUAAUCAUGUUAAGUGCACAUAAUUUUGGUUGAUUCUCAACCGACGUAGUGUUCGUCCCUUGCACUCGCUGCUGCGACUCCCUGAUUGUUUACACUACACAAGAUAAGACGUAUAAUAAUGAAGCGUUAUUAUAAUUACUAUGGAAAGAUAGACGUAGGCAAUACAAAUGACAAUAAAACUUUGACUUCCUUCGUAAUUUAACUUUAAAAUGUGAUAAACUAUGAACAUCAAGAUAAAAACGCGCGUCAAACGAUCGUUCAACUUGAGCCUAGUUAAUGGAAAAUGAUCAUACUUUUUCGUAAAAUGGGAUUCAGGAUGACCGGUACAGAAGAAACGGAACCUCUGAUUGCAUCGACGAGUCCAACAACGCCAACGGGAUCCGGAAAACACAGAGCUUCUUACCGAUCGUUGAAUCAUGAUAAAAAUUCAUCAUCCGCAGCUGCAUCGAAGCAUAAUGGUGAGACAAAUUCUGAGGUUGCGGUAUGCCUUGAAAAAAUGGGUUCAGGGUCAAAAGUUGACCGUACACUCGAUAAAAUUACUUACACCUGGAGUGACGUAAACGUGUAUGUUACGGCAAAGAAACAGAGAUUAUUCGAACGGAUUGUGAAGGGAAGAAAACCCGUCGAACUUAAACAUAUUCUCAAAGAUGUAUCCGGUGUCGCAUAUCCGGGGGAGUUGUUGGUGAUAAUGGGAUCUUCAGGUGCUGGAAAAACGACGCUUUUGAACGCGUUGACCUUCAGAUCUCCGCAGGGGGUUACCGUAUCUGGAAUACGAGCUGCGAAUGGUCGUAGAGUUACAUCAAGCGUUCUCACAUCCAGGACAGCUUACGUCCAACAGCAUGAUCUCUUCAUCGGUACCCUCACUGUCAAAGAGCAUCUAGUUUUCCAAGCCAUGGUUCGCAUGGAUAGGCACAUACCUUACCGCCAUCGAAUGCUUAGGGUUGAUGAGGUCAUAGCUGAGCUGGCGCUUACAAAAUGCAGGAAUACGGUGAUUGGAAUACCAGGAAGAGUGAAAGGGCUUUCAGGGGGUGAAAUGAAGAGGCUAUCAUUCGCUUCGGAAUACCUCACAGAUCCUCCGCUCAUGUUUUGUGACGAACCUACCUCUGGAUUAGAUUCUUUCAUGGCACACCAGGUCGUUUCGGUUCUGAAAAAUUUAACAGCUGGCGGUAAAACUAUCAUUGCAACUCUCCAUCAACCGUCUUCAGAGCUAUUCGCACUUUUUGACAGAAUUCUUCUCAUGGCUGAAGGUAGAGUAGCUUUCAUGGGGACUUCUGAACAAGCCUGCACAUUUUUCAAAGGAUUGGGGGCAGCUUGUCCAAGCAAUUAUAAUCCAGCGGAUUAUUUCAUCCAAGUAUUGGCGGUUGUUCCUGGUCGCGAAGCAUCGUGUCGUCAAGCGAUAAACAGCGUUUGCGACGCCUUCCAGAAAAGCGAGAACGGUGUCAAAAUGGCUUUAGAAGCCGGAACCGUCGACGGUGAAUUCGAGGAAUCUAUAAUGGACCUAAAACUAUCAUCCGCUGGUAGAUCACCCUAUAAAGCUUCUUGGUGCGAACAAUUUCGCGCUGUUUUAUGGCGUUCGUGGCUUUCCGUGAUCAAGGAGCCGAUGUUGAUCAAAGUCCGGUUUUUGCAGACACUCAUGGUGUCGUUGCUCAUCGGCGUUAUAUAUUUCGGACAGAAAUUAGACCAAGAUGGCGUGAUGAACAUAAACGGAGCUCUCUUCAUUUUUCUAACUAAUAUGACCUUCCAGAACGUCUUCGCGGUGAUAAACGUGUUCUGCGCCGAGUUACCAAUAUUCUUGCGUGAGCAUCGCAAUGGGAUGUACAGAACGGACGUUUACUUCAUUUGCAAGACUUUGGCGGAAACGCCGGUUUUCAUAGCGGUUCCUCUUCUAUUCACGGUGAUCGUUUACCCUAUGAUCGGUCUGUACCCUGGGGUAGAUCACUUUCUCAUUACAGCAGGAAUAGUAACGUUGGUUGCGAACGUCUCAACUUCUUUUGGUUACCUCAUCUCAUGUGCAAGCUCCAGCAUCACCAUGGCAUUGUCGAUCGGUCCUCCAGUAAUAAUACCAUUUUUAUUGUUCGGCGGAUUUUUUUUGAACAAAGCAUCUGUCCCAAUUUAUUUCGAAUGGUUCUCCUAUUUAUCCUGGUUUCGUUACGGAAACGAAGCCCUCCUCAUUAACCAGUGGGCGGAAGUUGAUUCGAUUGCAUGUACUCGAAGCAAUGCAACAUGCCCGAGAACUGGACACGUUGUUUUAGAAACUUUGAAUUUUACCCAGGACGAUUUCUGGCUCGACAUCGUGAGUCUUUUUACUCUGAUCGUAGUUUUCCGAUUACUUGCGUUCUUCGCUCUACUAUUGAAGACUUUUAGAGAAAAAUAGCGUGUUUAAACUUUUUUUUUUCGAGCCGUCUUCACGGUGUUUAUGAAGCAAUAACAAUUAUACUUUCCACUUAUAGCAUGUAAAAUAAUAUACGAUUUGGUUUGUAAAUUGAUAUAAAAACAAAAUGUAUGUAUAGUAUUUUACCGAUACAUGAACAAAAAAUUCAUAAUAAAUAAAUAUUUUGUAUAGAAAUCACAAAAAUGAUAAUGAUAAUAAGAUGACAGAGGUCUAAUAAAAAAGCUCAUACUAAUGUAAAGUAUAGCUAAUAAACGGUGUACAGUAUAAAUAAUAGAUAACCCCGAUGUAGGUGUUCCAAAAAUAAUAUCUGUCUAGUGUUUGCAGAUAAAGUCCAUUACUACUCAUGUAAAUAAUUUAUUUGAUUAAUUACUAUUAUUAUCAUUUCGCGCUCCAGUGCAAUAAAGGUCGUCUGCCCCUGAUACGUUCUUCGUGUGCCCUGCAAUGUGGCCGGCAAUAUUUUUUUUCCCAUGACAUAACCAGUUGCCACGGAUAUCGUGACACAGCUUUGCUCGUGGGAAAAAAAGGUAGAAGUCAUUCAAGCUAUGCGACAUAAGCGAGCCGCAACCGACGAACUGACUACCGUUCAGCGGUGGCGCGUUUUCUGUUGAGUAAAAUAAUGAUAUAACGAAUAUUCAAUGAUUCU